AUGUUAUCUCAACAUACAUUUACACCAUCUUGUUCUAUACAUCACAGUAGUAAACUGGAUAAAAGGGACUACUAUGAAGUCCUGGGUGUUUCAAAGAAUGCAGACGCUGCUACCAUCAAGAAAGCUUAUUAUAAGUUGGCCAAAAAGUACCACCCUGAUAUGAAUAAAAGUGAUAAAUCAGCAGCUGGUAAAUUCCAAGAAGUAUCAGAAGCUUAUGAGGUUUUGAGUGACACUGGUAAAAGAAGUCAAUAUGAUAAUUAUGGAAUGGCAGGAAGUCAGGGCCAGGGAUUUCCAGGAGGGGGUUUCAGAUCAGGCACGCAGGGUUUCGAAGGUUUCCAGAGUAACAUCGAUCCUGAGGAAUUAUUCCGGACAAUAUUUAGAGAUGGGUUUAAUUUUGGAGGGUUUGCAGGAAAUCAAGAUUUUGAAGAAUCUAAACAUGGUUUUGCUCAAGCAACAGAGGUGAUGAUGGAUCUAACAUUUCAAGAAGCUGCUCGUGGAGUAAAUAAAGAGAUGACUAUAAAUGUUAAAGAUAAUUGUCCAAGAUGCGGGGGUAGUAAAGCUGAACCUGGUAGUAAACCCAGUAAAUGUACACGAUGUAAUGGAACUGGAAUGGAAACCAUAAGCACCGGACCAUUUAUGAUGAGAUCAACGUGUCGUCAAUGUUACGGACAGAAACAAAUUAUAAAUAAUCCAUGUGUAGAUUGUCGAGGGAAAGGAAAAAUAAUUUUAAGGAAAAAGAUCAUUGUACCAGUUCCAGCAGGUGUUGCUGAUGGACAGACUAUCAGAAUGCCUCUUGGCACUCAAGAACUCUUUAUCACAUUUAAGGUAUCUAAAAGUCGUAUAUUUCGACGGGAAGGUUCUGAUGUACAUAGUGAUGUAACUAUUAGUUUGUCGCAGGCUGUUUUGGGAGGUGCAAUACGUAUUCCAGGAAUUUAUGAUGAUAUUUUAUUAAAUAUUCCUAGUGGUACCCAGUCACAUGAUCGAGUAAGGUUAGCUGGGAAGGGUAUAACUAGGGUCAAUAGUUAUGGUAAUGGUGAUCAUUAUGUUCAUUUUAAAAUAAAAAUACCUACGAGACUUUCUAAAGAACAACAAGCAUUAAUGUCAGCCUAUGCUGAACUUGAGAAACAUACAGAUGGUAGUAUUAAUGGUAUAGCACAGACUAAAACUGGUAGGUGGAGGUAG